CGCUGCCUGCUGCCAGCAAAGAACGAAUCAUAGAUAUCACAUCAGCUACAGGAUCAGUAGACUCAACACACUCUUGAGAAUAAAAUGCCGUCACGCUCAACCUGGUCUGGGCCGCUGCCUCGGGAUCAAGGACGCUCACGGGAACAAGAUCAUGAGGGUCCCUUGUCUCGAGUACCAGUGCUGAGUCCAGAUAAAGCAGUACACGCUGGUCGCAAGUUACGGAACUACAAGUCGGGGAACAUUUUGUGGAAGAUAUUGAACAAUCAAUAAUGAGAAUGAUCAUCCACGAUGUUCUACUUCUUGAGGACGAGCUGCAUGCCCCGAGAAUACCUUUUUGUUCGUCUUGUAGUUUCUCGAUGAAGUCAUGUUCUCUCAACCUCAAGAUCUCAGGAUCUUCUCCUCUAACUCACGAGUGGCGUCGUGUUGCACGCACACCGGAAGAGAUGUUACUGGAGGCAAGAUGUGAGUAUUUGAAAAAGCAAAUUCAUGAAGGUCUUCUCCACUACUCAUCAACGACUACGCAGCAGAGGGGUUUUCACAUGCUCAGGAAUCUAGCGGAGAAGGAUUUGGCAGGUAUAAUUACGAUUUCUACAGAAGUUCUAUUGAUGGGUUCUUCUUGUUGAUGUUAUCACUUUCAUCAGGAGACGUCUUCGUCUUCGUGAUAACGUUUGGGGAAAAGGAGUUUGUAGGCAUGUCCGCGAUCGCCUAUGGUUGUCCUUACCCCCCACCAGCUCUGUUGCCUUCUCAUCAAGAACUCUAUCCAGGUGACACCGUCUGGCUCUUCUUACGUCUUGUCUAUCUAGGACGUGGUAAAGAACCCGGUAGUGGCACCAAGG